AUGUCGACCCCCGAGCCACACUUCAACAAGGACGACGUGGAGCACCGACUAAUGCUGCACCCCCCGACGGGCAAGUUCAUUCAGGUCCCAGUCGAUCACCGCGCUGGAGCUUCUAGUCCACUUAGUAGUCCAGUGGAUGAGCUUGUGUGCAAGUACAAGGGCACUCGCUGUACGAACCCUCGUAGUCUCAAGCGCAACGGAGAGCUGCACAAUCUAUGCGAGUAUCAUCGCACCAAGGCCAACGCCAAUCAAGGUCGUUUCGACGCCAAGCAGCGACAGCGUCGUGAUCUCGACGAUGCCAACCCGAACUUGUCAGAAGCCUCAGACCUCCCCGAACCGAUCCGGACAUCUGAGGACUCCCCGACGCCGCCGUUAAAUGAAUGGGAGGCAGAGCUGCUCCUGAAGACCAUUUUGGCGCGUAAGAGAAUACGACCGGCGAAUUAG